CGCCUGUCAUGACAUUUCUGUAGCAGUCGAUUAUUUUUCACUUUCAUCAUGAAUCCGGUCAAAUGUUCUUUAUUUUGCUCUCCUGGUCAAGUAACACUAGAAUUUUGUAGUAUCAUCUUUUAAACGAAGAUGUUAAAUAAAUAAUGUCGCCCGGGUGAAAAGAAAUGAGCACAUUUAACAGUGGUGGUAUCUAGGUCAAGUUCAAGGUCGGCAUCCGGGUAUUUUGACUGAAAAUGGUGGAUUUGGAAAAAAGUUUUGCAGGUUGAAAAAAGGAUGUUAUACUCGAAGAUAGUAACGUAGAUGAUUAAUCAAAUUGGCUAGACACAUUCUGUACAUAUUAGUUUGUGUGAUGACAAAUUAUGAACAUGGAGUCACUAAAAUUGAGUGAGUACGAGUUAAAAUCAUACGGAGAAAUAUUUGGAAGUUGCGACGUUGAAAGCACAGGGAAAAUCAAUGGAGUGAAAGCUACUGAAUUAUUCUUGGCAAGUGGACUUCCCCAAGAGGCUUUACAAGUUAUCAUUGAAUUAUGUGGUGCAAAAAGACUUGGUCAUUUUGGACGAAGUCAGUUUUAUAUUGCGUUGAAACUGAUUGCUGCAGCUCAAAAUGGCCUCCCGGUUGCUAUAGAAACUGUAAAUAUGGGACAUGAGAUUCCAUUGCCAAAGUUUAAAAAUAACACAGAAUCUGAGCCCCAAAGACAAACCAGUCAACAGGAAGGUCCAGAAGGACAAUUUUCAAAUAAUUUGGUGUCUGCACCACCAUCGGGUGGUUUACCCCCUCCCCCCACCAAACAGCAUGUACGAGGUAUGUCUGGGCAGAGGCCAGUGGCAGCCAAAACCAUGGCCCUCGGUGAUACACCUCUUCAACCUACACAAGUAGCUCCACAAGUGCCAGUAACUAUAAUACAGCACCAAAGAAAAGUUGAAUCCCCUCAUCAUGGGACUCAAUCACCAACCUUACAACAAAGUAGUCCAAGAUCUUCUCCCAAGGUGGCAGCACCAACUAGUCAUGUGAUACAAAAUGGCAGCAGUGGGAAACUUCCAGAUAAAGGAUGGGCAUCUUUUGAAGAUGAUAGCAGAGGUUUGAUAUCUAAUGAUUCCAAUGGACAUGUGGAGAAGGAUCCCAUGAACCCUGAAAAUGAAGAAUGGAUGCGUUUCCAGUCAUCUUCCGACCAGCAGGAUACUUCAUCUAUCAGUUCUGACACGUCAUCACAAGAUGACGUCUGGAGUAUUACUGAUGAACAGCGGGAAUAUUAUACAAAUCAGUUUAAAACGAUGCAAUCUGACUUGAAUGGAGUCAUUUCUGGUGCUGAUGCUAAAGACUUUUUUGAAAAAUCAAAACUGCCUGUGCAAGAAUUAUCAAAAAUAUGGAAUCUAGCCGAUGUAAACAAAGAUGGUGCAUUGUCAUUGGAGGAAUUCUUUGCAGCUAUGCACCUGGUUGUGUUACGACGGAAUGACAUCGAGCUUCCAGACCAUCUUCCACCUUCCCUUAUUCCUUACAUACCAUUGACUGCUUCAGAUGAGCCAUUUGCUGCUGACCUACCACCUGGAAGUACCAUUAAGCGCACCACUCCCACAACUCCACCUGCAAAUAUGUGGGUCCCCACAGUGACAUACCCCAUUGACAGCCCUGCAAGUAGCAGUGUUAGCUCACCAGGAUGUAAGCCAGUCAACUUUGACUUUAGACCCAUACAACCAGAUCCACUGUCUCUGCAUCAGGAAAUUGCCCAUCCUGUUGCACUGAGGAUGUCACCUGAUGGGCAAGCCAUACCAGCAGAUGGCGCCACUAGAGAUAGAACAGUAUCGGAGCCCAUAUCAUAUGAUGCAGCCCAACAGCAGGCAGCAACCCAACAACAACCCCCCUCUCAACAACCAGAUUUAACCAGUCCAAGGAAACAGCGAUCAUAUACAAUACAAAAUACCGAAUCUCUUAUUGAACUAGAAGCAAGUGAGGCAGCGACCUCUGGUGGAGCGUCACUUGGGCUAAAUACGCCACUACAAAGCCGGCCUAGACCGACACCUAAAAAAGCUCACUCAGCUGCUAAUUCAAACACAGAAGCUAUUCUCCUACCUCCCCCUAUAGUCAAUAAGGGGAGCGACCUGUCACUCGUAGGUUCUCAAGAAAAUCUAGGGGGUGAGGGGUCGGACCAUAGUGCACCUACCCCACCCCCCAGACCCCAUGGUCAUUCCAGGAGCUCAUCUCUUGAUGCUAAUGAUAUUUUACAACAAGGUAACAGUGGCGGUUUAAUGAUGCCCCCACCAGUUGUUCCUCCUAGAGGUCAGCACCCGCAGGUUACUCGUAGAAAGCUAUUGACUCGUGCAAGUGACCCCGCAAUAAGUGUAGUGCAAAACAAGUCCAAAAACUAUGAGAACUUUGCUAAUUUUGCUAAAUUUGAGUCCAUUCCAUCCCAAGAAGGGUUAAAUGUUGAUUCUGACAAUGGAGGUUCUGAUACAACAGAGCGACACAGGAGGUCAUAUUCCCUAGAUUAUAAUCGCCUGGGUGGCUAUGGAGCUGACUCAGAGUUCAGCACGGCAGUAUUAUCCAGUGAGCGAUCAGUCUCACCAACAGGAGGAGCUACAGAACCAGGCAUUGAUGAUUUUGAUAGGAAAGUUAAUAGACAUAUUACAAAUAAAGAUAAAAAAGAGAUACAAAUGUUGGUGAGAAAACAGAAGGAGAAAAAUACAAUGUUAUAUAGACUGAAUGGUGAACUGAACCAAGAAUUACAAGAAGUAAUGGAACAGAGGAUCGCUUUAGAAAUACAAAUGGAACAUUUGAGACCUUUCUCCAGUUGAAACUUGCCAAAAUUCCCCAGUUCUAUGAACAGCUGAAGUACAGUGGAACCUGUAUCUAAGGAACACUUCUGCUUGUGUUUGGGCCACAGUUAGAUGACAGUAACUGCAGUUAUUGUAAUCACAAUGGCAGACAAAAAAUAUUUUCAAAGCAGUUCUUUACAAUUUUGAGUAUGAGUUUGAUUGAUGGUGCUCAAUAUCGAAUGUAGCUCGUCUGUAAAUGAAUUUUUUCAAGUAGCCUAUUGAAAGAAUUUUGACAGACAUUUGUGAUUCAAUUAACUGCUAUUAUGGUCAACAAACUGCGGCACAGUGUUUUAUAGUGUAUUCUAUAUAAGAGUGUCCUCUAGAAGAGGUUUUAUUGUACAUCAUCUCCAUACCAGUGCAGUUAGCUUGUUGCGAUCCAUGUUGGUUUAAGAUGUAUACUUAUUACACUCUAAAUACCAUCAACUUGGUGACCAGCCAUUCUUUCACAUUGUCUUAGAAUGGCCAUUUUUCUUGGGACUUUGUAGUCUUCAAUAAUCCAGUUCUUAAGUAUGUAUUUGGUGGCUGGGUUGAAUUGUCAGUGUUUUGUGAAAAUAAUAUGCUAGAUGAUGAGUGUAACAUUAUUGUACAUUUUUUUCAAUUGAAAUUAUUUUCACAUUAAAAUCAAAUAUUGAUAUUUGCCAAGCAUUCUCCUUUCUAUUUAUGUCAUUAUGCCAAGAAAUACAUGUACUGUAUGUGAACCUUUUUUGCGUCCAUUGUCAUACCCGCCAACCCUGGCAAAAUAUUUCAUGGUGGCCUGAAUGUAUUUCAGUUGAUCAUUCUUGAAGCGAAAUAUACUCUCCAGGAAAUAUACUAUCAUGACUCGUUAAGUUUUUAGAUGCUUUGAUGUAUUGUUUAUUUUCCUUAUUAUAACUGUAAAGAAUGAAUUUUUGUAUACUUGAAACAAGAAAUGAACAUUACACUGGUAUAUGAAUCAUUUAUGUCCUGUAUACAUGCUGGGUUAUAGCAGCCAUUUACCUGUGUUUAAAACCUUGAUGGCAUGAAAUAUUCAUGCUACUUGUCAGUUAAGAUGUCAGACAAUUCAAAAACAGAGAAAGCAAAUUGUUUCAUUGACUCCCUUCUAAUCAAAUGAUUUAGAUCUUUAUGUAGGUGUUGAGUUAAAUAGUUGUAUGUACAGGGUGAGCCAAAAAGGUAUCUCAAACAAAUGUUAAUAACUCUGUCAUCCAAUGUGGGUUUAGAGUCAUAAGUGGCACAAUUUAACCUUGUUCAAUGUUCUUUCAUUUUACUGAGUUUCAUUGGUCUUUCCCCAAAUGG